GGGAGCUGAGGGCGGCCGGAGCGGCGCUGUGUGUCCCGGGCUGUGCUGGCGGUGUGGCAGAGGGGACAUGGCCGCCUUCUCCUGUCAGGCACCGGGUUAUCGCGCUAGGGUCUGCCGUCAGGGACGGGGCUUGGGGUGGAGAAGCGGAUGGGGCUUGGAGCAACCUGCUCUAGUGGAAAGUGUCCCUGCCCGUGGCCGGGCGUUGGAACUGGAUGAGCUUUAAGCUCCCUUCAACACAAACCAGUCUGAGAUUCUAUGAAAAAUACAACUUGUGAUUGUGAAAUACAACUCUCCCUUAUUUGCUAGUGUGAGGGAGCCAAAUCGAAGCAGCGGACCUUAGCGCGAAGGGCUUCGUGGCUUCUCCGGGGGAGAGCGGACAUCAGGUCUACCCUGAGCGGCGGCGGUGGAACGCUGCCCCGCGUUUGAAGCGCUGGAACAAAAUCCGCUUUAAAUUCACGCUAUAGCUAACGGGGGGAAAGCCGGCAGGGCCUGAGGGUCUGCGGUGCGGGGGGUGAACGGCAGCGGCUCCGGGAGCGAGGAGGAGGAGAAGAGAGGAGGAGGAGGCGGGCUCGGGGCCGCCCAUCCCCGCCCAUCCCCGCAGCGGCGGGGCUCCGGCCGCUGGCGGCACGUUUCCCGCUGCCGGGAGGCGAGUCCGGUGCCGUUUCGGCGAACGCUGGAGCCGAUGGCUACAGGCCACCUCUCUAUAAAGAGGUGUAAACUUGAAGAACUCGGGCUUUUCCAGUUAAACCCUUCACUUGUAUCGGCAGCGCAGCAAACAUGCCUGAACAAAGCAACGAUUACAGGGUGGUUGUGUUUGGAGCAGCAGGGGUUGGCAAAAGCUCCCUGGUCCUUCGCUUUGUAAGGGGAACUUUCAGGGAAAUCUAUAUCCCCACGAUUGAGGACACGUACCGGCAGGUCAUCAGCUGCGACAAGAGCAUCUGCACCCUUCAGAUCACAGACACCACGGGAAGCCAUCAGUUCCCUGCCAUGCAGAGGCUGUCUAUAUCCAAAGGGCAUGCUUUCAUCUUGGUGUACUCCGUCACCAGCAGGCAGUCCAUGGAAGAUCUCCAGCCCAUCUUUGAACAGAUCUGUCAGAUUAAAGGGGACAUCCAAAAAAUCCCCAUAAUGCUGGUGGGGAACAAAAGCGAUGAGACCCAGAGGGAGCUGGAUGCUAGCGAGGGGCAAGCGCUGGCCAGCAAGUGGAAGUGCUCCUUUAUGGAGACAUCAGCCAAAAUGAACUACAACGUGCAGGAGCUCUUCCAGGAGCUCUUGAAUCUGGAGAAGAGGAGAACUAUCAGUCUCCAGGUGGAUGGAAAGAAGUCCAAGCAGCAGAAAAAGAAAGAUAAACUGCAAGGCAAGUGCUCUGUUAUGUGACUGACUUUGGCUGAACGAAGCUGGAGCACGGACUCCCACAGAAAAUGCGUUUCUGCUGGAGGUUUCAGACAAAUCCAUGCCUUACGGGGCUAUUGCUUUUCUCUCAAAUCUCCACUGGAUCAUUUUAUGUGUUGGUUUUAAAGGGGAUGGCUUUCUGCAUGUUUAUUUUUUUAAAACAAUAAAUGUUCAGUGCUAGCAAUUACAUGUGACUGGACGUUUGUAAUGCAAGAAGUGUAUAGAAGAAUGUCAGCCAGAAACAAACAUCUCUGUUCCUGUGAGUACGUGCUAGGUUUUAAGUGUUUCAGCCUGUUAGCUCAAAAGAAAUCAUAUCUAUAAUGUGUAUACUUCAGAAAUUGCUUUCAGGAAUCCAUUGAUCAGAGCAAAUCUUUAGCAAAGCCAAGCAUUUGUGCUGCGAAUGAGUGUAUAUGUGGCUCCAGAUGCUUGUAUUUUUGGCAGACAGAUUGGCUUGCCUACCAAAGACUCAGUUUUCCAUGUAAGAAGUUCAGAUUUCCUGUGUGCUGUGUGAUUCCUGAGCCUGCUGCAGUUCCAUGGGUGGUUACAGCUAUACUUGCAUGUGAUCAGGCUGUUUGCUUUCUCACCCCCCUUGCUCUGACCUCUCUGUUCACUGAGGCAGGGGCUUCCAUGUGCUCUGGCUCCAAAUCCAGGGGUGAUUCUUCGCAUCCUAAGCAAGAGCCGCCUCCUUCAUGAAGGCAACUGGGUUGUUGUGAGUAGCAGUUGAUGUAGUAGCUGGUUAUAGUGGCAAUUCACCUUUCUCAGCUGACAGUCUGUUUUUGCAGGUGGCUGAAGCUACUUUUGCAGUCUUCCUGGAGUUCUCUUGGAUAUUAUUUCCCUCUCUCUUCUCUUAUUUAAUCCAAGCUAUCCAAGUUUUAGUUCAGACUUAGGACUGGUUCAGGUAAUGCUGCUUUGGGAAGAAACAUCUACACCUGGAGGCUGCAUUUAAAGCAAACUCCUCUCAGAUGGAAACUUUCAGCAGACACUUCCCACAAAUAAAUGGUCUGGAGACACGGGCUUAGUCUCUCUCUUGUCUCCCUCCUCCUACUUUUCUUUGUUUUGGCUGUUCUAAACAAGAGACAAGCAUGAUGAGCCUCAUCUGCAGUGCAUGGUUGAGAAAGAUUUCAAGUGCAAGUACUUGCUAUGAGCCUGUGCUGGAGAUCUCCUACUUUGUGUGUGUAUUGCUCCGCGCAGCAGGCUGUAAGGACCUCACUACUGCACUGUAGAUUUGAUUUUUACACAGCAACGUAGUCUUGAUGCAAGACACACGGAAGAGAGGAAUUGCUUCUUUUUAUAGCACUUUUGUAGUGAAAUGAUUUUAUUGUUGAGCAAAAUAUGGAGCAGGAGAUGCUGGAAAGUACAUACCCUUUCUUAGUUUGAAAGCAUUAGUGCCUAGUAAUAACUAAGUGCUGGGUUUGUGUGUAAGAUGCUUGAGAAGGGUCUUGUCUCUCAGCCAUCAUUUGCUCGUGUGUUGCAGACUAACACACAAAGCCAUGAAGCUUGUCUCCAUGUUGAUAUCUCACAUAUUUGAACAACUCUUAGAAUCCAUGCUGGCUCCUCAUGCCCCAUUGUCUCCUCCUGUCUGUCCUCCUCGUGUCUGUCCACGAGUGGUUUUUCAUCUCCUUGGGCUGUUCCUACCCAACCAUGAGGGCCCAGUUGGCUCUGUGUGUGCCAGAGGAGUUUGCCCCAGGUACAGCUCUCAUGCUGUUUGAUUCCACAGGGCAUCUCCCUCUUCGUGAUUUCAGAAACUCAAGUUCUGCAUAAGUGUUUGGUGCUGACUGAGAUGUUACUCACCAAAGCAACAGUGCCCAUUUGCCACGCUGAUACAAAGGCUUUACACCUGAUUGUACUGGAGAUGAUAUCCCACAAGCUUCCCGUGCUGGACCUGUGGUGGUUACUGGUGCAGCCCUCUGUGCCACUGCUGCGUGUAGCCUUCCCUUCUGCUGUGGUCAGGGGUGAGUUGAGCUGAAGGGCAGCUGCAGAAGCAUCCAUAAGGGCUUUGCUUGAAAAGAACUCUUGCUUUUUGCUCUCUAACUUUGUGCAUGGAUCUUGAUCUCUUUGUUCUUUCACAUCCAAACACGCAAUGCUUCUCUACAGGUUGUUUUUAGCAUCUGGCAAUUGUUAUUGCAAAGACUAUUUCAGUUCCAUUCCAGUCUUUGAAACCCCAAUAAGACAUUUUAUAUUUAAGCCUUUUUAAAAUGUCAUGAGACCUACUAACGUCUCUACAACUCCCACUGCCUUCACAGAGCUGCCUGUGCAAAGGCAGGGCAGCCUGUAUCUGUAAUUAUUCACACAGACGAGGUGUUCUGUAACAUCUCAUCAUCACUGCGGUGUUUUCCCUGGAUGUGAUGUGGAGAUCACUGAGGAUUGGGGCUUGGCAGAGUGCAGGGAACAACUACUACAGACAAAACUUAACCUGCCAGAGGAGAGACUGAGAUGAGCUCUGAGGCAGAAGCUCUUCCCUGUGAGGGUGCUGAGGCGCUGGCACAGGGUGCCCAGAGAAGCUGUGGCUGCCCCAUCCCUGGCAGUGUUCAAGGCCAGGUUGGACACAGGGGCUUGGAGCAACCUGCUCUAGUGGAAGGUGUCCCUGCCCAUGGAACUGGAUGAGCUUUAACGUCUCUUCCAACCUAAACCAGGCUGGGAUUCCAUGAAAAUGGGCUCAGUCCUGCCUGUGCCCCAGAGAAUCCCGGGCAGAUUCCCCAGGCUGCCUGUGGUGCCUGUGAGAGGGGGUCCCACAGGCUCACUUGGGCGAUGGGGGUGUUGGGCUGGAGAUGCUGGGGGGCUCCUGGUGGUGCAGGAUGGUGGUGGUCCCAGCCUGGGAGCACACGAUGCCUGGGGUGGCUGCCUUUCAUGCCGUGUAAAUAACCUGUAUUUGGGGUGUGCUACAUCACUUGUAUUGUAAAUUACAUCUGUAGUAAGAAAUAAAUUGUCUAAUUUGUUUC